AUGCCUAAUGUCGCGUCGCUGGUCCCCAAACAGGAGAGGGGCCAGCCAAAAGACGAUAUGUAAGUCUCUUCCUUAAUCUGCACAAUGCAAUAAAAAAAUUAUGUUUAGCCGAAGAAUGAAGAUCCGCGGAGUGAUGCCUCAGCCCAAAGAAGAAGACAAAAUCUUGGAGCUGAUGUUGCAACGAACAACCACCAUUACGCCGCCUCCUGUACGCCGAUUACAUACCCGUCGACCACUGAAACAGAGGAAGAGUUAA